UUUUGGUAUGGUUAACCCUAAACCGGUACGAUUGCUUAAGCCAAUCAAAUAGAUAAAUGGAUUUCUUUUUGGUUCGGUUAAAUCUUAAACUGAUUCACUUGUUUUAUUCGUUUAUAUCAAAGAAUAGUAUCGCACCAUGCGGAUUUUCUCGUGGAUCAAUAAACAAAUCUAUCAAUAGAGAAUGCAAUGCAUAGCCCCAAUUAUUCUCCAUCUUUUUUUUGGGUGGGGGGGAGAUAUAAAGUUGUAUUUGUAGUUUAGAUAAUGAUGAGUUUAUGCAAAUAAACAAAACGUUAAAAAAAAUCAUAUGAAUGAGAUAUUAUAAACUUCCACUUUUAUGAAGACUAGGGUUUUCUUCUUCGUGCAGUUCAUCCCCUUGUUCUCAGAGAAAAUGCCUCACAUAGACAGGAUCAGUGCGUUGCAUGACGAUUUGCUGGUGAAUAUAUUGUCUCAAGUCCCAACAAAAGAUGCAGUGACCACCAUGGUUUUGUCCAAAAGAUGGGGUUUGGUCUGGACGAUGGUGCCUAAACUUGAAUACAAUGAUACAAGCAAAGAAGGGGGAAAGAGCCUUUGGCGCUUAGUUGACAAGUCUUUGCAACUCCACAAAGCACCUGUACUACAAAGCUUGCGUAUCCAAGCUGAACGCCAGUUUACGGACGAUGCAGAUGUUGGAAAGUGCGUCUCAUACGCUGUUGACCACAACGUUCGAGAGCUAGCUCUUAUUAUACCAUCUCUUAUUUUACCAACUCAACCAAAGAUCCUGCUGCUACCAUCGAACUUUUACACCUCCAAAACGCUAGUGAAUCUGACUCUAUCAUUUAGUGCUCUCGUCAUUGAUGUUCCUUCCCUAGCUUGCUUUCCUUUGCUUCAGACGCUCGCCCUUCUCAAAGUUGUCUUUAAAGAUGAAAGCUCUCAUGUUAGGCUUCUAGCGAAUUGCCCUGCGCUCAGUUAUUUGCGUGUGAACCGAUACUUUGGCGACAAUGUGAAAACUUUCAUUGUGAAAGUUCCUUCUUUAAAGAGUUUUACAUACACGCAAAAUGACAGAAGAGCUUCUAGGUCCUUGGUUUUAGACUCCCCUGGAUUACGACACCUUAUUAUAUUUGAUUACGGAGACCUUGGCUCGAUCCAGAACAUGCCUCACCUUGAGACGGCUUAUGUUGGUCACUUGGUUCCGCAGCCAAAUGACAAGUUUCUGAGAUCUUUUUCCUCUGUCGGGAAUCUCUAUUUGAGAUUGAUGGACGUAACUAUUUUGAGUAUCCUUCUUGUUCCUAUAUGUGAUGCUCACUUUGAUGUGUUAUACUUAUGUUGUUCAACGUAAUUCAACUGCAGGUUGCAUGUUUUAGCGCCAUUAAUUUCCCUCGGCUCAUGAAGUUUAAGCUGCAUCUUCUUAAACCAAGUUCUUCAGAGUUUGUGCCAGGUUACUCAGAGUACUGUUCACUGGAACCACUUAUUUUUUUCCUGCAUAACUCACCUAUACUAAAAGUUCUUACGAUCAGCUACGUAAGUAGGCCCUCCCUGUCCAUCAAGCAAUUAGUUUAUAGUAAAAUUAGUUUAUUGUUCUUCCUUGUUGAUUUUCAGGAUGUGGGUCCUGACUUCGAGGACCUCCCACUUUCGUGGAACCAACAAAGUUCUGUACCGGGAUGCUUGUUGUCCCAUCUCGAAAUCUUUGUGUGGGAUAAGUUUGGGGGAAGAAGAAGACAAGAGAGAGAAUGUGUGGCGUACAUCUUUGCAAACUCAAAGUGUUUAAAGACGGCGACAGUCCUUCCAAGAUGUUCCUACCGUCUCGAGGAGAUAGUGGAGGACAUAAAAUCUAUGUAUAGGGUUUCAGAAUCAUCUCAGCUGAUAACCCAUUCGGAUUCUACAAUCCUGGAAGGGUAACAAAUUAAAAAAUAAUAUUCUUCUUUUCUGGACCUUUUGGUAUGAACACACUUUGCUGAUGUGAAUAACUUUAAUUCUCUGACAUGCCAAAAUACUAGCUGCAUAUUUUUGGUCAUGGUCUUUUUCCAUACUUUCAUUUUAUAUAUGACUAUUAGCGAGCAAAUAUUGUUUGAUAUUAAGAAGAAAUGACUUGUUUGCUUCUUUACCUUACACAUGAAUCCUUGAUUUUGUUGUGUAGGGAGAUUAAUCUUUGGUUCUGAAAUGAGCUCUUUCUUCAACUCUAUCAUCGCCUAACUCGAGAGAAUAAAGUAUAGGACUUCUCUAACGGCCGCCAUAACUCGAAAGAAUAUAUUUAUACUAUUAUCCAUAAUAAUAGGAUUCUGCCUUACUUUUUUUGAUUUUUUUUUUUUAAAUCGACAACUAUAAAUUAUACCAACUAGAUGUCAUCACUUUUCAAGACCAAUUAUAUCCCAGCAAUUGAAAAUUCGACAAGCUUUUAUUCAUCCAAUCAUAUGUCCCAAUUUUUUUACACCCAAUCACAUUCAACCAAUGUUUUUUUUGUGAAAGUGUUUAAUGUUUAUAAACAUGAUUACUUAACGAUACCUUAUAUUAUAAUUAUUUAGAUGUCAUUCAAGUAGAAAAAACCUAUACAUACCCUAAACCACGAAAAUCAAUACCCUUAACCACAAAAAUCUAACUUUAAACUAAUAAAACCCCAACAUACAUACAAAUAAUACAAAUCUUAAUAUAACGAUGACAUAUGAAUUUUAACUCACUGUUAUAUAUAUGUGAUAUUAUGUUCAUACAUAAAAUAGCAGCUUAAAUGCUAUGAAUUUACAAUAUAUAUAUUUUGUUGGAAGUUUCAAAUUCAUUCCUUUGUUAUUCCAACUUCCAAGUAUAUUUAUUGUUAAACCAACCCUUUUUUUUUUGCAUUCAUAAUCUACUUGAUAUUUUUAAGUACGGAUUGUUUCUUUCAAGUAUCAGAUUUUUUUGGAUUUUGAGAUUAGACCUUUUUGAAUAUUACAAAUUUAUGUUGGCUUAUGUGCGACCUGUGGCCCACGCCUCCUAUUUGUUCAGGGCGGGCGGCGUGAACUCUGAUUCAAUCCGGGUAUUCAAUCCCGCCGUUGAGAUGCUCAGUUGACUCCUUAAACUUGAUAGGAAGAUGGCUUAUUCAAAAAUUUGUGCAUAAGGCCAGAGUAAGGAACUUUGGAUGAACUAAUGCGAAUAGGUGGGUUUUGAAUUGGGUCUUCCCGGAUUUAGAUGGUUUGGUUCUGAUGUAUAAGGACCUAGAAUAUCCAAAUAACCAAUGUACAGUGUCUGAAACGAGUUCGGAAUAUUCGUCCAAUAAUAAUUAUAUUAUCCGAUUAAAUCCAGUAAUUAGUUAUAUGUCAGCGUAUCUAAAAUAUAUGAUAUUAAUCAGAAAAGUAAAUAUCAAUUUAUGAAAAUGUAAGAACUAAUACCUGCAUGGACGAGCAAAUCUUUUUGUUAGUGAACGAACUCUUUGGAAGUACAUUAAUAUAUUAUUUUACUAUGAGUAAACAAAUGAAUAUUUUUGAAAUUACAUAAGACAUGAUUAGUCAAAAAAACUAUAAGAAAUUAGAAUAGUUUAUGAUAUAAAAUUAAUUUUGGCCAAUCAAUUAGAAU